AGUGUUCAAAAAAAAACUAUUCUCCUUUUGCAUUAAAAAAAACACUAAGCUACAAUAAAAAAGUUAUGGCAAAAUCCAUAAGUCAUUCUCUACUUCUUUUCUCCUUUAUUACAAUGUACAUAAGAAUAAUAGCAUCUCUAGCAAGAGUAGCAGCCAUUUCUAAUAGCUACAAUGUCCUAACAUAUGGAGCGGUACCCGACGGAAAGACGGAUUCGAGCAAGGCCUUCUUGGGGGCAUGGACCGCGGCCUGUGGGUCCACAGAGGCCGCGACCAUUUACGUGCCCCCGGGGACGUUUUUACUGGGGAGUGUGACUUUUGAAGGCCAAUGCAAGAGCAACGCCGUAACGUUUCAAAUAGAUGGUGUACUUGUGGCCCCUUCUGACUUCAAUGUAAUCGGGCGUGAUGGCACGUGGAUCAAUUUCAAUAGCGUUUCUGGGGUUUCUAUUGUUGGCGGGACCAUCGACGGGCAAGGCGCUAGUCUUUGGGCAUGCAAACACGCGAAUAAAGAAUGUCCCCAAGGAACUACGGCGCUGGCUUUUUAUCACUCAAGUGACAUUGUCAUCUACGGGUUGAAGUCCCAAAAUAGCCAAAUGUUUCACAUUGUCAUCUACGGAUCCAACAAUGCUAGAGUAGAAAAUGUCACCAUCUCCGCUCCCGGAGAUAGCCCCAACACCGAUGGCAUUCAUGUAGAAUCUUCCUCUAACGUGAAAAUCUUACAUUCUGUUAUUGGCACGGGCGACGAUUGCAUCUCUAUCGGCCCGGGGAGCUCCAACUUGUGGAUCAACGACAUCACUUGCGGCCCGGGGCAUGGAAUCAGCAUAGGGAGUCUAGGCUGGCAAGUACAAGAGGGAGGAGUAGAGAAUGUGACAGUGAGUGGGGCUUCAUUCUUUGGCACCCAAAAUGGGUUUAGGAUCAAGACAUGGUCAAGGCCAAGCAAUGGGUUUGCCAAAAACAUCACUUUUGAGCAUGGAGUCAUUUCCAACGCCCAAAACCCCAUCAUUAUUGACCAGAACUACUGCCCUUCUCACCCCAUUGGUUGCCCUAACCAGGGUUCUGGUGUGAAAAUAAGUGGCAUAAAUUUGCAAGACAUUCAUGGGACAUCAGCAACAGAAGUGGGUAUAGAGUUAAAUUGUAGCCCAAAAGAGUCAUGUGAUGGCAUAACAUUAAACAAUGUUAAUUUGGGAUACAAAAAUGGAGCAGUCCAAUUGUCUUGUGCUAAUGCUCAUUUCACAUACUUGAAUUCAUCAUUUAACCCAUCACCAGGAUGCCUCAUCAAUGCCAUCUAGACCUAUUUAUUCAUAGUUUAUAAUUAAUAUGCUGUAUUAUU